AUGGCACAUACUAAUUCAAAUGAAGUAGAAAAUCCUGAUAUUAAUCCAUGGGGUCAAGCGAUUUUACGUGCUAAAACAUCAUUGAUUAAACCUUAUUCAAAAUAUACUGAAGAAGGUCUUCGUCCACGAACACCCAAUGAUCCUUAUUCUAAUCUAACAAAAGAACAAAUAUCAAAUAUUGAAACAACAGAUAGUCCAUUAUUUUUUAGUAAAGCUCGUAAUUCAUCAGCAAAUGGAGCUUUUCGUUGUUUUCGUCAACGUCAAACAGACUCAGUACCAAUGAGUCAUUUACGUACAGGUGGAGCUGUAGGUGCUGGUACAGACUAUACAUAUGUUACUCCACAAGCUUAUACAUCAAAAUUACCCGAUGAAUAUAAUGGUUGUACUGCAGAUGCUUUUCCAAAAUGGUAUCCAAAUCAAGCAGGUGAUAGAACACUUAAACAACUACGAGAUACUGUACCAGUUGAAAGAUAUGUUUCAAUUGAUAUGUUUCGUCGUGCACCAACAGCACGUGCUGGUCAAAUUAUAUUUGAUCAUGGACGACCCAAUGAUGGAUAUUAUUAUCAAAGAAAUGGAUAUGAUACAACAUGGUUUGGUUCUGAAAUGCCAUUAAAUCGUCGUCAUAUACUUGAAUCAAUUCACUUAAAAACAACUGCGGAAUAUGAACAAAAAAAUGCAGAACAACAAGAUCAAUAUCGAAAAGCAAAAGGAAAAUGGCCACAUAUAUCAGAAUAUGGUGAUCAAUUUGUACUUGGAACAGCAGUUGAGCGAAUUAAAAAAACAGAUUUGGAACGAGCUAAAGAACAUGUUGGACAAAAUCCAGGACGUCACACAUCACUACAUAAUAAUUUAGCUGCACGAGCUGUUCUUCAAGGUCGAACAUUAAUCAAUGAACCAUCACUUGUCGUUAAAUGCUAA